UUCCUAAUAAUACCGGUUUGAACGGAGGGUACUUGAAGGCAGCAAACAGUGCGUGAUGACGACAGCAGGAGGUUGAGUAAAGAUGGCGCCUGUGGCCGUGAGAGCAGAGCUGGUGUACAGAGACGGACAGAGGGAGAAAGUCAGCGUUAAAGUAGAAAACACUCUGAGUUCUCUCAUCAGUGGAAUUCACGAGCUGAACGUGAACGUGUCACGACUUCUCAGCGAGCUGGUGGAGCAGGAGAAGGCGCACGGAGUCUGCGCAGAAGGUGAGGAAGACGAUAGUGAUGAUGAUGAUGAAGACGGAGCCAGAGGAGCCUUCCAACACGGAAGUACAGCCUCCAGCUAAACGGCCCAAAACAUGAAACACCUGAACUCACCUGAGGACACUAUGGUACACCUGAACUCACCUGAGGACACUAUGGUACACCUGAGGACACUAUGGUGCCCCUGAACUCACCUGAGGACACUAUGGUGCACCUGAACUCACCUGAGGACACUAUGGUGCACCUGAACUCACCUGAGGACACUAUGGUGCCCCUGAACUCACCUGAGGACACUAUGGUGCCCCUGAACUCACCUGAGGAUCUGUUAUGCUGGGAUUAAUCUGAGUCAAUGCAAUCAGACUCUAGUGGGAGGUUUUGUUUAUUUGUUUGUUAGUUUUUUAAUAAAAAGAAUGAAACAAAAUAAAAAAUGUGAGCCGCUCUGUGAAAUCA